AUAAUUAGCAGAAUGAGCUUCUCGAUAUCUAUACAUCUGUGGAUUUGUAUUUUGGUAUUCUUACCAUCGUGUUACAGAGGUCGAGCUGAGUUCUACUUUAAAGAUGAUGGUUUGAUGAUAAAAAGAACUGACUGGUACAAACAUCUCAAAACCAAAGAAUUAGAUGAUCAUAUUAAAACAUUUGUCAGCGAUAUUGAGAGACGUGAGGGGAAUAGAUGGCCUAAGCUAAGUAUGGAUAUUGGAAGCCCGGAGCAUGGACUAUUGAUCGAUUCUCAGCUUUCCGAAGAACUGUAUUCAUUAUAUAGGCAUGCUGAAAUUGUUUCUGAAGCUUCCUCCUUUAUACGCCAUAGAGAAUGUCAAGAUGGUGGAGGACAAUGUGCCAUAGACUUAUCGAAAGUGAAACUAGACAAGACAUCUUUGGGUAAUAUUUGUUUGUCCAUGUUUUACAACAAAACAGCAUGCAUCGGGAUGAACUUGAAGUAUCGUAGUCCUGACGGUUCUUGUAACAACUUGAAACGUUACUACUCGGGAAAAGCAACCAUGGCUUAUAAACGUUUGCUGUUUAAUAACUAUAUUAACAGUUUCGAUAGAGUUAGGGAAGAUUCUUUUUCGUCUUACAGACCCAGUCCUAGAACGCUGAGCGUUGAAUUUGUCAAAGACGAGCACUCACCAGAUGACUUCAAAACGAUGGCAAUGGCGUACUGGACGAUUUUUGUAGGCCAUGAUCUAUCUCACACGGCAAUGUCUAGAAUGCUGACUAGUAAUAAAUCCGUGAGCUGUUGUGGAGAAAGACGGUUCCAGCUCAUACCUGGAAGCAUAUACCACGAGUUGUGCUUGCAAGUUGUGAUACCGGAUGGAGAUCCAUUUUUCCGUGUCCCUCAUCGUUGUAUGCACUACGCGCGUUCGGUGCCAGCUGUGCGUUCCGAUUGUACUUUUGGAGUCAGGGAACAAAUGAACCAAGCUACUCAUUAUUUAGAUGGGUCGAUGAUAUACGGUUCGUCGGCGAAACGGACGUGGUCGUUGAGGACCAACUUGGACGGCCAACUAUUGACAAGCAUAGGCUGCGAUAACAAGAACCAUGGCGACCAGCUACAGCCGCAGUAUAUGCCGCUGGAAGACACCGAAUCAAUCGCCUGUCAGUAUGGCAGCGGCACGUGUUAUAGAGCUGGUGACAUCCGGGCAAAUGCGCUUCCCCAACUGACGGUCAUGCACACAUUGUGGAUGAGGGAACACAACCGGUUGGCCAAACUACUGUCCCACGUCAACCCGCACUGGGACGACGAACGUAUUUUUCAGGAGGCCAGGAAAAUCGUUACGGCAUCCAUUCAGCACAUAACUUACGCUGAGUGGCUGCCAGCGCUGCUAGGGGAAAACUACACCAGGCGGAACGGGCUUGAGCUGCCGACAAAAGGCUACAGUAACGCGUACAACGAGACCACCGACCCGAGCGUCAGCAACAGCUUUGCGACCGCAAUAUUACCAUUCGCCAAUUCCAUGUUAAGCGACACCAUCAGUUUAUAUACGGAAGGCCGAAUGAUCAACGCAAGUCUUUCACUAAAGGAACAUUACAACCGACCAACUGGUUUACUAUUAAAUUACAUGGACCAGCUUGUCAGAGGGCUAUCUACACAGAAUACACAAAAAAUUGAUAUGCUAUUUACUAAAACGCUUACAAAUUACUUAUACAGUGUUUAUCCAAACCACGCGUUUGGAAUGGACAUCGUCAGCUUGGAUAUACAACGAACCCGCGAUCAUGGUAUACCAAGCUACACAGAAUUUAGAAAAUAUUGUCGACUAAAAGCUAUCAGAAGUGUACAAGAUUUAUCCAAGAUCAUGGUUGAAGGCUCAACUGAUAGACUAUUGAAGCAAUACAAACAUUGGAGAGAUAUAGAGCUUUUGGUAGGUGCAUUGUUUGAGAAACACGAAGAAGACUCAAUGGUUGGCCCAACGAUGAGAUGUAUCAUUAGAGAACAGUUUAUAAGAACUAGAAUGGCAGAUAGAUAUUUUUACGAUUUACCAAAUAUAUUCAAUGAAUAUCAACUGACAGAAAUCAGAAAAGUGACGCUUGCCAGAAUCUUUUGUGACAACAGCAAUAAUGUCAGAAUGAUGCAGAAAAAAGUAUUUUUGAUACCUGCAAUGGCUGAUUUGCAACUCUGUAAUUCCCAAUUAAUUCCAAAAAUCAACAUCAAUCACUGGUCAGAGAUGGUCGAUACAUUUCAAAAAUAACUUUAAAUUUAAUAAUCAAUAAUCAGUGGAAGUACCUUCACUGGAUGGUUUGUUCCCUCAAGUAACUCAAGCCAUUGCGUUUAAUUUUAUUUAAAAAACCUACAUUAGGCUUAUUGUAGGUACUUUUUUUUAGUAUAGAUUGUGUAAGUUAUAGAUUAAAAAAAAUAAUCAAUAAUCAGCCUUUAAUCUAACCUUAUUUUCAUUUUACCUAUAUAUCUUGUUUAUAAUAAAUAUUCUUAAAUUAAUUAUGAGUCUAAAAUUUGCUAUGUUACACACUUGUAAGACGGAGACAACAAAUUUCACUGUAACGGCUAUAAAAAUAUUUUUGUCUGUCGCAGAAAAAUUAUAGUCAGGCCAAAAUACAAUCAAGAUAAAUUUUAGGUAUGUAUACUCUGCAACACCUCAAAUGACGGCUCUGCUUUUGCCCAAAUACCGAUUUUUAUGAUUUACAUAAACUACACCGUAUUAAUAUGACAAUAUGAACUACCCACACAGCAUUUGUCAAUCAAAAAAUUGUAUAAUUAUUGAAUUUGAUAUGGAUUCAGAUAUUUAAAUUUAAAAGUUAAUGAAUUAUUGAUAAAAUAUUUUAAUUUUUACGCUGUAACCAAAACAUUGAAUA